ACCCCUACCAAUAUUUAUAAGGGGUGUCAGAGGAUGGUGCCACACUCUUUUUAGUGACAGGAUGAGGAGCAAUGGCCAUAAAUUAAAAGACAACAAGGUCUGCCUUAACAUGAGGAAGAACUUCAUUACACUGAGGGUGGCAGAGCACUGGAACAGCUGCCCGGGGAGGAUGUGGAGUCUUCCUCUCUGGAGAGAUUCCAGACCUACCUGGAUGAGUUCCUGUGUCACCUGCUCCAGGUGACCCUGCCUUGGUCUGGAUGAUCUCCAGAGGUCCCUUCUAAUCCUAACAAAUCUGUGACUUCUCUAAUAGAAAGAUCAAAAUAUCUCUGGGUUUUGAAACUCCAGACGAAAAUGGCAAAACCCAGCGAGCUGACAGUCUUAUUAUGAAGAAGAUAAAGAAAAAAAAGAAAAAGAAACACCGGGAAGAUGUGAGGGGGAAACGCCUGAAGAUGUACAACAAAGAAGUGCAGACCGUGUGCGCCGGGCUCACCCGCAUCGACAAAGAGACUCUGUCUCAAGGACAGUGUGACAGCUUGGAAAUGAGCAAGGAAUCCUUCAGGUACCUGAAGGAUGAGCAGCUGUGCAGACUGAAUUUGGGGAUGCAGGAGUAUCGGGUACCCCAGGGAGUACAAACACCGUUUGUGACACACCAGGAGCACUCUGUUCGCAGCAGCUUCCUGAAAACUGGCACUAAAUUUAGUAACUUCAUUCACGAGGAACACCAGUCCAAUGGAGGUGCUCUGGUCCUGCAUGCCUACAUGGAUGAACUCUCAUUUUUGUCUCCAGUGGAGAUGGAGAGAUUUGCAGAAGAGUUUCUUGCGUUGUCAUUCAGUGAAAAUGAUAAAAAUGCAGCUUACUAUGCCUUAGCCAUAGUACACGGAGCAGCUGCUUAUUUACCAGACUUCCUGGAUUACUUUGCUUUUAACUUUCCUAACACUCCAGUGAAAAUGGAAAUUUUGGGCAAGAAGGACAUUGAAACAACAACAAUUUCAAAUUUUCAUUCUCAGGUCAAUCGGACGUACUGCUGUGGCACCUACAGAGCAGGACCCAUGCGGCAGAUCAGCCUGGUCGGAGCCGUGGAUGAAGAAGUGGGGGACUACUUCCCAGAAUUUCUAGAUAUGUUGGAAGAAUCUCCAUUUCUUAGAAUGACUCUGCCCUGGGGGACUCUUUCUAGUCUCAGACUUCAGUGCAGGUCCCAGAGCGAUGACGGGCCCAUCAUGUGGGUGAGACCAGGAGAGCAGAUGAUCCCCACAGCUGAUAUGCCAAAAUCACCCUUCAAACGGCGCCGGUCAAUGAACGAGAUAAAGAACCUGCAGUACCUACCUCGGACCAGCGAGCCCCGCGAGGUCCUGUUUGAGGACAGGACGAGAGCUCACGCCGACCACGUGGGGCAAGGCUUUGACUGGCAGAGCACGGCUGCUGUCGGGGUCCUGAAGGCUGUGCAGUUUGGGGAAUGGAGUGACCAGCCUCGUAUAACCAAAGAUGUGGUUUGCUUUCAUGCUGAAGACUUCACUGAUGUUGUGCAGAGACUUCAGCUGGACCUACAUGAACCUCCAGUGUCACAGAUCGGGGCCUACGACCAGCAGAUAUGGGAGAAGGCCGUGGAGCAGACACAGAUGAAGGGCUUCAAGAACAAGCCGAAGAAGAAGGGGCACAUCCAGCCCGACCUCAUCGACGUGGAUCUGAUCAGCGGCUCUACCUUUGCCAAAGCCAAGCCUGAAAUUCCCUGGACGUCGCUAACGCGGAAGGGGAUUGUGAGAGUUGUGUUUUUCCCCUUGUUCAGUCAGUGGUGGAUACAGGUCACUUCCCAGAGGAUUUUUACGUGGCUCCUGGUGCUCUAUGUUAUGCAAGUGGUGGCGGUGGUGCUGUACCUCCUGGUGCCCGCGGUGAGUGCCAGCGAGGUGAUGGGCCCCCUGUGCCUCAUGCUGCUGCUGGGGACAGUUCACUGCCAGAUCGUGUCCACGCAGGUGAACAGACCUGCCGGGAGCAACGGGCUGAGCCGGCGCCGCAGGAAAUUACGCAAAUCUGUGGGCGUGGAUGGGAACAGUUGGUCUUCUGACAGAAGCAGCAAGGAAGAGCAGUCUGGCUCUGCAUCAGUCCUUACCAAUUUAUCCAGCCUGCUUUUCCAAAGGAGGAACAGAAGAGUGAAGUUGGUAGCUGAGAAAGGGACCGAGACAGAGAGUGGUGUGAGUGUUGUGAGUGAUGGCAUUAAACCCAGGCAGGCCAGAUCUGAGCACAGGCUGCUGCACUCCAAAGAGAAAAGUAAACUUUCUGACGGGGAGAAGAGCCAGCAGGAUGAAGGCACCACCAGGGAUGGCAUUUCGGACGAGCUGUCGAGCGAGGAGGACGUGGCACAAAGGGUCCUGUUACGCCGGAGCAUGGAAGGGGCCUCCAGUGACAACAGCUACGAGGAGAAGAAGAGGCCUCUGCCUUCUCUGAACCAGGCUGUCUCGCAGGUCAAGCAAGCCCUGAAAGGAGCCAGAGACUCUGACAGUGUCGUGGAAUCGGAACUGGAAUCUACGUUGUAUGUUCAGGACUCGAGGCCCUGCCUUGACGUGGGGUCCCGGAGCUGCAGCGUGAGCCGGCGGGACUCGGAGAGCACCCGGCAGGACUCGGAGACCGAGGACAUGCUGUGGGAUGAUCUCCUGCACGGCCCCGAGUGCCGCUCCUCCUGCACCAGCGACAGCGAGGACACCGCCAGGGACCCCCGCAGGGACCCCAAGGAGGAUGUUUUCCAGCAGAACCAUUUGUUCUGGCUGCAGAACACCAGCCCAGCAUCUGCCAAAGUGAGUGCUCUGAUCUGGGAGGGGAACGACUGCAAGAAGGUGGACAUGUCUGUGCUGGAGAUCAGUGGGAUUAUCAUGAGCAGGGUGAAUGCCUACCAGCAAGGAGUGGGGUAUCAAAUGCUGGGAAACAUCAUCACCAUCGGAUUGGCAUUCCUGCCAUUCCUCUACAGGCUCUUCCGCUUGGAUAACCUGGAGCAGCUCUGCUCCAUUUCUCUCAAGGAGCUCUUGUACAUCUUCUGUGGAGCCCCUGCCAGCGCCCCUGUCAUUGUCCUGUCUGCCAUCAACUUCCUGGAAAGGCUGUGCUUAACCUGGAUGUUUUUCUUCAUGAUGUGUGUUGCUGAGAGAACCUACAAACAGAGGUUUUUGUUUGCCAAGCUUUUCAGUCACAUCACAUCUGCUCGGAAAGCCAGGAAAUACGAAAUUCCUCACUUCAGGCUCAAGAAGGUGGAGAACAUCAAGAUCUGGUUAUCCCUUCGCUCCUAUCUGAAGAGACGAGGCCCCCAGAGGUCUGUGGAUGUUGUUGUGUCCUCAGUCUUUUUGCUGGCUCUUUCAAUUGCUUUUAUAUGCUGUGCCCAGGUUCUUAAGGGCCACAAAACCUUCCUAAAUGCAGCUUACAACUGGGAGUUCCUGAUGUGGGAGGCAGCACUGCUUCUCUUUUUACUACGUCUGGCAUCUCUGGGCUCUGAAACCAACAAGAAAUACAGUAACAUUUCCAUCUUGCUCACUGAGCAGAUAAACUUGUACCUGAAGAUGGAGAAGAAGCCAAACAAGAAGGAGCAGCUGUCUCUGGUAAACAAUGUUCUGAAACUGUCCACAAAGCUGCUGAAGGAACUGGAUAGUCCCUUCAGGCUGUAUGGACUGACCAUGAACCCCCUGAUCUACAACAUCACACGGGUUGUCAUCCUCUCUGCUGUCUCAGGAGUUAUCAGUGACCUUCUAGGGUUCAAUAUCAGAUUAUGGAAAAUUAAACCAUGAACUGACAGAACAUCAGCCCUGGGCAUCUCCACCAGAGAGGAGAGAACCUCAGGUGUUGGCAGAAAGCAGAAAACUGAUGGAAAUCUGUAAUUACAGCUUUCAAACAGA